AGCUGACUGAGAGUCUCCAGUCAGUGUUCAUCACGUCAGUGGACAAGACUAAUUUUAUUUCUGUCAGGCUGUAGGACAAUCAGUCACUCGGGAUGACGCACCAGUUCCCCACUCUCUCCGAGGCGCAGAAGAGGGAGCUACAUGAGACUGCUCUACGCAUAGUUUCUCCAGGGAAGGGCAUCCUGGCUGCAGAUGAGUCUGUGGGCAGCAUGGCUAAGCGGCUGGCCCAGGUCGGGGUGGAGAACACAGAAGAGAACCGGCGACAGUUCAGGCAGAUUCUCUUCAGUGCAGAUGAUCGCAUCAAUGGCUGCAUUGGAGGGGUCAUCUUCUUCCAUGAGACCCUGUACCAGCACUCUGACAACGGUGUCUCUUUUGUCAAAAUGAUCAGGGACAGGGGCAUCAUGGUCGGUGUCAAGGUUGACAAGGGUGUCGUCCCCCUGGCUGGAACUAGUGGAGAAACCACCACACAGGGUCUGGAUGGAUUGUCGGAGAGAUGUGCACAGUAUAAAAAGGACGGAGCUGUCUUUGCAAAGUGGCGCUGUGUGCUGAAAAUCAGUGACUCCAAUCCAUCCAAACUGGCUAUCACAGAAAAUGCAAAUGUUCUUGCACGCUACUCCAGUAUCUGCCAGCAGCAUGGCAUUGUUCCCGUCAUAGAGCCAGAGAUUUUGCCUGAUGGAGAUCAUGACCUGAAACGCAGCCAGUACAUCACUGAGAAGGUCCUGUCUGCAGUGUAUAAAGCCAUGUCGGACCACCAUGUGUACCUGGAAGGCACCCUCCUCAAACCCAACAUGGUCACCUCUGGACACAGCUGCUCCACCAAGUACAGCCCAGAGGAGGUUGCCAUGGCGACUGUCACCACUUUGCGCCGCACUGUCCCCCCGGCCGUCACAGGAGUGGCUUUUCUCUCAGGUGGUCAGAGUGAAGAAGAGGCUUCUGUCCACCUCAACGCCAUCAACAACUGUCCUCUGGCCAAACCCUGGAUCCUCACGUUCUCCUUCGGCAGAGCCCUGCAGGCGUCUGCACUCAGAGCCUGGAGAGGACAUAAAGAGAACGAGAAAGUCGCCACUGAGCAGUUCAUCAAGAGAGCAGAGGCGAACAGUCUGGCAUGUCAGGGGAAGUACACCGGUGGUGAUAACUAUGCGGACGCCGGCCAGCGCAGCUAUGGUUCCUUUCAUGCAUACUGAGUAGUUUGAGAAGCCACGUUUCAAUCAGCAUUGUGUGUUCUUCCAUUAACAUAACAAGGAGGAAUUGUAAUGUAAGAUAAAUAGGUUAUUUCAGACUUUGGACAAUCAUGAUGAUGUUAAAUGAAACAAGUGUCAGUGACUUUUCUUGCCUUGACGUAUGGCAACAAUCAGAACAUGACCUUGUGUAUUCAUGUUGCAUGUAUUGAAUGAAGGAUGUUUGCUUUGGUAUUGUUAUGGUUGUACAGUGUGCUUUUGUGCCAGUGCCAUAACUAAAGCUUUAAAAUCCUGCAUUUACUACUUAGUAUUAGAAAGAUUAACUGACAAUGUGAUCUUUGUGAAUGGCUGCAGAGCAAUGAUGUUAGUUUGUAUUGAAAUCGGUGUAAAUUGCUGAAUUUUCUUACAUGGAAAUAUCUUCAAGUUGUUCAAAGCUUCUCUGUGUAUCAGUGUGGGUACUGUAGGUUUGUUAGUAUCCAUGCACAAUUCGCAAUAUUGCACAAAGAAUUAGCUCCAGGCUAAUUUGCCUUUGCAGUCCCUGGGUAGAAAGCACAAUCAGCAGUAACUUACAACUCAAAGUGUGUGUGUGUGUUUUCAUUCAGAAAAGUAUCCUAUAGUCUGAUAAACAUCGCUCAAAUGUAAGCAUUCAAACAAUAAAACUGUUCAGGUUCA